AAACGAUCCACGAUCCAAAUCAAUUGAUUCAGACUAAUCAUCAGCCUUGUCUCUCAGCGACCACGAUCAAGUCUUAUAUCGUGCCUAUUUUAGAUCUUAUGGAAGCUCAGACUCCAUGUCUACGUCUUCUAGCUGCUGGCUCUAAUGCUCGCGGUCAGCUAGCCAAUGGUUCAGAUGACGAUUCGCAUACUUUCAAAGAGUGCCGCUUCAAACAGGGUGCGCUUCCUCCCGAUACGCACGGCAUCCUGCAGCUUGCGACUGGAGCAAACCACACUCUCGUAUUAUUUGAGUUUGGUGACGGCCAAAGGGAGCUUUGGGGGUGUGGAGACGGACGCAAAGGGCAGCUGGGUCCUGAGUACAUGGGACAGUUGACAGAAUUCACCCCGAUCAGCAUGCCCUUGUACAAAACUUAUGCUUCCCAAGGAUAUACCUGUUGUCUCAUUGCUGCCGCUUGGGAGACAUCAUAUCUUGUUUUGAAAUCGCGUUCCCGACCAGACGUGGUCAUCUCGAUGGGCUCAAACGACUUUGGGGCACUCGGUGUGGGCACAAAACAAGUUACGGCAACUCCGACAGUCAUUUUGUUUGAUCACCUCACUAUCGAGGGUCGCUCUAUCAAUUCCAGUGAGCUCGUUGUCGAGUCCAUUGUUGCAGGACCUCGUCAUGUCGUACUUCAUUUGCGACCCGUUUUCAGUGAUGAGCAUAUGCUCGUUGGCUGGGGUUUGGCCAGACAUGGCCAACUAGGGGAUACGAAGAUUGUGAAUUAUGACCGCCCUUGCAUCAUUUCCCUUGAUGUAUCCGCAGAUCCAGUGCAAACAUAUUCUCUCGGUCUUCAACAUACUGUUGUCUGCCACCAAUCAGGGCGGACAACAGCUUUUGGAUCUAACAAGAAAGGACAACUCCACAGGAUGGAUUCUUGGGUGCGCAUUCGACAGGUCGGGUGUACGUGGAACGGGACCUUCCUUCUCGUAGACGACGAUGAAAAUACCCUUCUAUCCACGGGAAGUAAUGCCCAUGGUCAACUAGGUCGUGAGUUGCAAGGGGAGAAGAACGAGGUUACUGUUGGGCCUGUCGAAUUUACUUUAUCCCACGAUCGCAAAUUGCCUUCGCUGAGAUCCUUUGCUUGUGGCAGCGAACACGUGGUGGCAGUGAUCUCUCCAUCUGGCUCGUCAGACAUGGAAGUUUGGGGGUGGGGGUGGAACGAGCACGGUAACUUGGGGCUGGAUCAUACGGAUGAUGUGCCGAAGCCCAUCAAGAUCUGGCCAGCAGGAGGACACGCGGUGGACGGAAAACCUGUUCAGGUAUGGGCUGGAAAUGGGACCAGUUGGAUCUUAUUACAAACAUAGUAUACAGGUCUAUUGAAACACAAUGUAUGCGGGACAAAAAAGACAGCCAGCGCAGGGCAGGAGCAGACGUCAUUGGUCAUCCAUGAGGUCCAUGUCGACAUGAAUUUGCCGGACGGUGGUUUCCUUCGAAGCAGCGAGCUGUGACAACAGAUGAGCAUCUCCUAGAAGCAAUAAAGGACCUGGUAGAGUUUGAUACCCUUCCUAUUAGUAACUUCGGUUCAGAGCGUUAGCUUGCAGAAUAUAGAAAAUCUGGGUCAAACCUGAGUAGCAUCCUUGGCUUCAU